CAAGCCGGACGGGCCUGGCUUUGGACACGACCCGGAGGGUGUACACACGUCCUCCCGGGUCAAGCCACGGGCAUUCCGCAAGGACUGCUGGGGAUCCCGACUGCCCAUGGAGCCGCGCAUGGCGAAGGCUUCGAGCAGAAGCCGCUUUGCCGCAGGGAUUGCCUUCGCUGCCCUGGCAUUGCUGGUCCACCACCUGGGAGGCACACGGCUGUUCAUUGCGCCCCACGCGGGUGAGACUUUCGGAAUCGCUCAGCGGGCUGCAAAGGCGCGCUCCGCGCUUGUGAUCUGUGCGGCGGAAGCGACGCCGGGCGCACCGCCUGUAGAUGUCGAGGAAGAAGAGGCGGCGGCCAGCUACUUCAAGGUAAAGAUGCGCAAGAAGGAGUACACAGUCGAGCAGCAAAUGACGCGAAAGGAGAGGCUGACCGAGCGGCUUCGGAAGCGCAAGGGCAAGUUCGUCUACCGCGGGCCGAAGCCAUACGACCCGGACCGCUUCACCACGGUUUCUUUGCAGGCGAGACUGUUUCCGAAGCAAGCCUCCAACACCAAGAUUAUGAACCAGAUUGUUGAAGAACUGCGGCGCAUCACGGGACACCAUCCGACGAUUGUCUACUCCAAGCAGAACAUCGCUCUAUUCGGGGUGCGGCAGGGCGACCCGGUUGGUGCAAAAGUGAACUUGGAGGGGCAGCUGAUGAAGGACUUCCUUCAGAGACUAAACACCAUCAUCCUGCCACGUGUGCGAGACUUUGAAGGUCUCUUUCCGAAUUCCUUCGACAACAAUGGGAAUUUCUGGUUCAGCUUGCCAAGUCAGGAGCCGUUCAAAGAGCUGGAUGACUUGGUGGAUUCGCGGGAGCUUGUCCAUGGCUUCCAGAUCGGCAUCCUGAACAACUGCUUCUCGCAGCCCGAUGCUCUGAAGCUCAUGAAGGACUUCGGCUUCCCCUUUGGGGACCCGAGGCCUCCAAAGGUGCCCGUCGUCCGAGAUCCCUGGGCAAGAUACAAGAAGAAGGACAAGAAGAAGAAGCGCUAGAGGACUGACGCGCUGGUUCUCCGGGAAGCAGAGCAGCAUGCCCACUGAUUUACAGUUGUUCUCCUUGGCC